UUGUAAUUAAACUAUAACGGGAAAGUUAGUAAAUUUUAAAUUUAUUUUUAUUUAUCCUGGAUCAAUUAGUUUUCAUUUCAAGUUCAAGGUAAAUAUAUAAGAAGAUCUGAAUAGAUGUGUCUGUUUUUUGUAAUAUCAGCUAAUUAAAAUUUUCUGUUGGUUUAGCAACAGCUUGGUUACCAGGAAGCGAAAAUGUCAUCCACAAGUACUGAUGUCAAUUUGCUUUGGAGUUGGCCAGAAAACUAAUUUCUCUUUCAGCAGCACAAAGAAAAAAAAAAUAGUAAACCAUAUUUACAUGUGAAGAAUAUUUACUAUGGUAGAUCUUCUUGGCCAGUCGUGAAGAAUAUGGCGUUCCAUAUGAUGUUAGAUUAUGGUGAAAGCAAGUAAGGCAUCGGAAUCCAAACGAGAAAACAAAUAAUUUGACGCCCACAAGAAUGUGGCAACUUUAUGGGUGAUGAAACCAAGAACCUUCGACACUAUGCACCUUGAAGAUACCACUUUAGUACUAAAGUAUUCCUCUAUAAAUUAAACCCCCCACAAUCUAUCAUACAACCAACAAAACAGCAAGGAAUCAGAGAGAUCAAAUCAAAGUUAACAUGUCGAAGGGGAAUUCAGUUGUUCUUUUGGACUUCUGGGGAAGUCCAUUCUGUUUGAGAGCAAGAAUUGCUCUUGAAGAAAAGAGUGUGACUUACGAAGGCAGGGAAGAAAACUUGCUUGGAGGAAAAAGUGAUCUUUUGCUCAAAUCCAAUCCCAUUCACAAGAAAGUCCCUGUAUUGCUGCACAAUGAUCAACCGGUAGCAGAAUCUGCAAACAUUGUUGCAUACAUUGAUGAGGCUUGGCCUUCCAACCCUCUGCUUCCAACCAACCCAUAUGAACGUGCCCAAGCCCGUUUCUGGGCUGACUACAUUGACAAAGAGGUAUUUGAAACUGGCAAGGGAAUUUGGUUGAGCAAGGGAGAAGAAGGGCGAGAAGUGGCGAAGAAGAACUUGAUUGAAGUUGUGAAGAACCUGGAGGGAGCUCUGGGUGACAAAAGUUUCUUUGGUGGUGAUGCAUUUGGCUAUGUGGAUAUUAUAGCACUGGGUCCAGCCUCAUGGUUUUAUGCUUAUGAGAAGAUUGGGGGAUUCAAAUUGGAAGCCUAUUGUCCCAAAUUCUCAUCCUGGUUUAAGAGAUGCCUGCAGAGACCCUCGGUUGCUAAAGCGUUUCCAGACCCAGAAAAAGUUCACCAGCUUGUCCUCAAAUUAUCUGAGAUCAUGGGUUAACAUAAGAAAAAAAAAAUUACACGUGGCAAGAAUAAAGAGAGAGAAUUAUGAAUGAAGAUCCAAUUAUCAACUUUCUUAUAGCCUAGAACCGAGUGACGACAGAGUAUGAUUAUUCACUUCAACCUGAGUUGAAUUACGUAGUAUAACUCGUGAACAUCUAGCCAGUCUUUCUGCGUAGAGAAGUUACCGCUUGGAUCUGGUUUAUAAUUCUCUCCAAACAAAUAAUCAUAGCAUGGGCCGGGUAUCAACCUUGUUUCACCGUCUUCCGAAUUUCAUGAAAUAAAAAUGUUUCUCUUGAUGCAGUGCCAAUUAAUUUUAG